AUGCCAUAUCCAGACACAUUGCUUCUUAGACAAAGUAACAAUAGACUAUUGCAAGAAGAAUCAUAUUAUGAUAGGAAUUCAUUGAGAGAUAAGCGUAUUAAACUUCUUAGUGAUUUGAAUUGUGAGCAAAGAAAUAUAUAUGAAGCAAUAAUUGGAUCUGUUACAUACAAUAAAGGUGGUUUCUUCUUUGUUUAUGGACAUGGCGGUACUGGUAAGACUUAUUUAUGGAGAACAUUGAUAUGUCGAUUGCGUUCUGAAGGAAAGAUAGUAAUUGCAGUUGCAUCUUCUGGGAUUGCAGCAUUGUUAUUACCUGGAGGAAGAACAGCUCAUUCAAGGUUUCAGAUUCCGAUCAAUGUAACAGAUAGCUCAACCUGCGGGUUUAAACAAGGUUCACAUCUUGCAGAAUUAAUGACAAGAGCAAGUCUAAUAAUUUGGGAUGAAGCUACAAUGGCUCAUCGAAAUUGUUUUGAAGCUGUAGAUCGUUCAUUAAGAGAUAUUUUACAUUUUAAUGAUCCCAAAAGUGGAGAUAAACUAUUUGGAGAAAAGACAGUUGUCCUUGGUGGUGAUUUUCGACAAAUAUUAUCAGUUGUAGCUAAAGGACGAAGAGAACAAAUUGUUGAAGCAUCAGUUAACAAGUCUUCAUUAUGGAAAUUUUGUACAAUUUUUACUUUGACAAAAAAUAUGAGACUUGAACAAAAUCCAGAUACUAAUACUACAAAGGAAUUCGCACAAUGGAUUUUGAAAAUAGGUGAUGGCGAAUUAGAUGAUAAGGAAGGUGAAGCGUCCAUUGAGAUACCAUAUGAUUUAAUAAUUCGACAUCAGAGUCAUCCUAUUAAUGACAUAGUGAAUGAUAAGUAUCCUGAAUUCCAAACUAAAUACACUGAUGCAAAGUAUUUAGAAGAUAAAGCUAUUUUAGUUCCAACAAAUGAAGAUGUGCAAAACAUAAAUGAUUACAUGCUUGAUCUUAUUAAUGUCGAUGAAAAAACAUAUCUCAGUUCAGAUUCAAUAUGUAAAGCUGGAAGCAACAUUCAAGACCAAGAUAUUCUAUAUCCAAUAGAAUUUCUAAACUCAUUGAAAUUCCCAGCAUAG